AGAACCGGUUUGUUAGAAAAGUACUCGCCACUCUGGACCUUGCUACAGAAACAGCACCAAGAACGAGAACUCCCAGUGACAGAUGACGUCAGUGACAAUAUGAACCAUUUGACGGCCAGUCUACUAAAACGUGGGAUGAACUUCCGGUCAGCCAGAUCAGGUGGCAUGGCUUUAUGUUUGUGGAAAAUCUGCCCAGCGGCACCAUGGCUCAUCAACAAAUAA